AUGCCAAAUACAAAGGGGCAUAAGCGUCUCACAGAACAGUUCUUUGCAAGUUCCGAAGAGGUUGCAAAGAUGAACCUUCUGAACAUGGACGCGGAGAACCGCGUGGUACUGAAUGUGGGUGGUAUUCGCCACGAGACCUACAAAGCUACGUUGAAGAAGAUCCCGGCUACGCGCCUGUCUCGGCUGACGGAGGCUCUGGCGAACUACGACCCCGUCCUUAACGAGUACUUCUUUGAUCGCCAUCCGGGGGUCUUCGCCCAAGUGCUUAACUACUACAGGACUGGAAAGCUCCACUACCCCACUGACGUAUGCGGGCCACUCUUUGAAGAGGAGUUGGAGUUCUGGGGUCUAGAUGCGAAUCAGGUGGAACCGUGCUGCUGGAUGACGUACACUCAGCACCGUGAUACACAAGAGACCCUCGCUGUAUUGGAUCGAUUGGACCUGGAUACGGAAAAGCCAUCUGAAGAGGAAGUAGCUCGCAAGUUCGGCUUCGAAGAGGAUUACUACAAUGGCACAGUGUCUUGGUGGCAACAGCUGAAACCGCAGAUGUGGUCUCUAUUUGACGAGCCCUAUAGUUCUAAUGCUGCUAAGAUAAUCGGCGUGAUAUCCGUCUUCUUCAUAUGCGUGUCCAUCAUAUCUUUCUGCCUGAAGACUCACCCGGACAUGAGAGUGCCAGUGAUAAGAAACUAUUCAGUGACGACCGCGAAUCAAACGCAAAGCUGGGCAUUGGACAAAGUACAAACGAAUGCCCAUAUCGCGUUCUUCUAUAUAGAGUGCGUGUGCAAUGCUUGGUUCACGCUAGAAAUCUUAGUGCGUUUCAUAUCUAGCCCGAACAAGUGCGAAUUCAUCAAAUCUUCAGUAAACAUCAUAGAUUAUAUCGCCACUAUGAGUUUCUACAUCGAUCUCAUCCUUCAAAAGUACGCCUCGCAUGUCGAAAACGCGGACAUCUUGGAGUUCUUCUCCAUCAUACGCAUCAUGAGGCUCUUCAAGUUGACCAGGCACUCGUCUGGCUUGAAGAUCCUUAUACAGACGUUCAGGGCGUCUGCGAAAGAAUUGACUCUGUUAGUGUUCUUUUUAGUGCUAGGCAUUGUGAUAUUCGCGAGCCUGGUGUACUACGCUGAGCGGAUCCAGACAAACCCCCACAAUGACUUUAAUAGUAUACCGUUGGGUUUGUGGUGGGCGCUGGUUACUAUGACGACCGUGGGGUAUGGGGAUAUGGCUCCGAAGACGUAUGUCGGAAUGUUUGUUGGUGCUUUGUGCGCUUUGGCUGGUGUGUUGACAAUUGCUCUACCCGUACCAGUAAUAGUAUCAAAUUUCGCCAUGUACUACUCGCAUACACAAGCGAGGGCCAAGUUGCCGAAGAAGAGACGAAGAGUCAUUAACGUGGAACCAGCCAGACCACCACUUAGAACACCAGGAGUACCUGGUGCCCCAGCUGGACCCAUGGCCCCUGGGAUGGGCCCACAAGCUGUAAACAGAAGGAUGAACGCAAUAAAAACGAAUCAUCCGAAAGAUAUGAUGGGACCUAAUAUGGGGAACGGGCUUUAUAUAACGCCUGCACAACGGAGUCAUAACACUAACAUUUUUUCACAUUGCACUCGAAGUACGAACCAGCACGAAGCCUUUAGGUCCCACAGCAUCAUCGGUGAAGCGCAAAGGCAACCACCAAACAUCAACCAUUACCACACAACAAGCUACUCUACCCACAUUGAACACUGCGUCGCAAGCCUAAUGCCUGGGAUGGAUUUAGCUGUAGCCACUCGCCUCACCCCGAGUCCCCGCGACAUGAGUCCAGCUUUAGCCCUAGCUAUACCAAUGAUGAAAUCCGUCAAUUUAGUCCCAGCGCAGUGUUUUGAUAAUAUGGCGUACAAUAACGAGAAAACCGACAAAAAGGAAGAAAUAAAUGAACAGAGUCCUUUAGAAGAAGCGUACAAGCACGACGAUAAAGAUGUAAAAACGCCAUUGUUACGAGACCAUAAAAUUGAGUCGAUGGAUGAGAAUAAGUUAAGGGAUCCAAAAGUAGAGAAACGUAAGUCAUCUGCGUCUACGUAG